GCUUUGUGCGCCCGGCUUCCUCGCCCUGCCCGCGCUGGCCUCGGUGCGCCGGAUAAAGCCCUCCGGGCCAGCCGCUGCAGUCGGGCCAAGGUUCCGCGCCGGGCGUGGACGGUGUGGGGUGGUCCCGGCCCCGCAGGUGAGCGACCUCGGGCCGCGCGGGCCAGAUCCUCGUUCCUAGCCGCCUGCCAGCGUCCUCGGCCCAGCCCUGAGGAUGGACCUAGGAGACCCCACUGGUGACCCUGCCGCUGGCGAGCGCCGCCGCACGGGCCAGGACCCCCUCCUGCUCCUGCAGGCCCUGCAGACCCUGUGGUCCACGCGGGAGCGGCAGCAGCUCCGGGAGGAAGCCUGGCGGGGGUUUGCUGCCCUGGACGACCCUCUGGCCGGGCUUCUGGACAUGCUGGAGAGCUGCCGGGGCCGUCGGGGAGAGGGCCCCUCCCUGGAGGCCUGGAUCUCGCACCAGCUGCAGUGCUGGCUACAGGCACAGCCACGCCCGAGCCCGGCCCAGCACAGCCUGAGGCUGAAGCAGCUGCAGGCCCGAGCGGUCAGAGUCCUCACUGAGAGCUCCCCCAGCCUUGUGGCACCACUGGCCAGCAUCUUCCAGCUGCAGGAUGCAGACAGGAGCUGCCUGCUGGUGCACGUCCACCGCCUCCACCACGAGGGCAGGUUCAGAGAAGCAGUCAUGCUGGGCACGACGUUGAAGCUGCAGCCAGAACUUGAUGUUGAAAAGAUGAGCAUCCCACUGCUCCUCCAGGACAAGGUGGGCCUCGUGGAGCGCUACGUGGCUGGCUUCCCGGACCUCCAGAGGAGGCUGCUGGCCCUCAUGGAUUCCUGGUGCCAGCCCGGCUUUGACAUCAGGGACGUUGCCAGACAGUACCCUGAGGUGACCUCCUUGAGGCUGGAGAAGCUGAGUCCGAAGGUGCUGAGCAGGCAGGUCUUGCGUCUGCAGGAGCGGUACGGCGUAGCCCCAGCGGUGUGUCCCAAUGCGGCCAUUCAGCAGCGCCUGGCGGCCCUGCGGCACCUGUGCCACAAGCGGUUUGUGGAGAAGAGCCUGUCUCAGGAGAACUGGACCGACCACGUGCAGGGCCUGGUGGGGCAGAGCCCGUGCCUUCAGGAGCAGCUGUCUCAGCUGCUGGUCUCCCACGGUGACCCAGUCACGGCCGCACAGUGUGCCAUGGACCUCUCGCUGCCCGAGGAGCAGCUGCCUGCUGCGGUGGCUGUGGAACUCCACCGGCUCAGACUCCAGGGGAGGGCGACUGAGGCUGACUCGAGGCUGGAGGUGAAGGACAUGAAGGACCAGUACUACCAGCUGCCCAUCCCCAGGGAGAACGUCCAUCUCCUGGCCUCGUGGGAAGACCUGACCAGACACGCGGGUGCACUCCUGCAGCGCCACCAAGUGGUUGGUGUAGACCUGGAGUGGACACCGGUGUUUGUUGCUGGGGGCCGGCCUCGGCCGUCACUCCUGCAGGUGGCUGUGGAGGGCCACGUGUUCCUUCUGGACAUCCUGGCACUCUCGCAGCCACCAACAGGGCAGGGAGCCCAGGCCUUUUCCCGGCUGGUGGCCCAGCUCCUCUCGGACCCCUCUAUCACCAAGCUGGGCUACGGGAUGGUGGGGGACCUGCAGAAACUGGGCACAUCCUGCCCCACUCUGGCCCAUGUGGAGAAGCAGAUUCUGGGCGGCAUAGACCUGCUGCUGGUGCACAGACAGAUGCGGGUGGCGAACAUGCCAGCCCCAGGCAUGGACAGGGCCAGGGGGCUGAGGGGCCUGAGCCUCCUGGUGCAACAGGUGCUGGGCACAGCCCUGGACAAGACGCAGCAGCUGUCCAACUGGGACCGGAGGCCGCUCUGCGAGGAGCAGCUCAUCUACGCAGCUGCCGACGCCUACUGCCUGCUGGAGGUGCACCAAGCCCUGUGCAGAGAGCCCGCCCGCUUCCACCUGUCGGAGGACCUGGCUGGGAGCCGGAGGCCCAGGCACAGAGAGAGACCAGGGGCACAGAAGCCACCUGGCCUGCCGAAAGCGUCAGCAUCGGCCGCACCCAGGCAGGUCCCUGUCCCUGUGGCUGAGGGCACCGCCCCUCAGGUCCCGGCCAGGGCCUUCCGCGUGGUGUGUGACAACAUGCUGCAGGGGCUGGCACGGAGCCUCCGCUGUCUGGGUGUGGACGCACGCAUGCUGGGCGACGGUGAAGACCACCGCAGGGCGGCCGAGGUUGCCAGGCAGGAGGGGAGGAUCAUCCUGACGUCGGGGCAGCCAUUCCACAAGCUCCGGGCCCAGGUUGGUGCUGGGUGCUGCCUCUCGGUUGACUGCUCCCUGAAGGCCCAGCAGCAGGCCAAGGCUGUGCUCAAGCAUUUCAACGUGCGCGUCACCCACGCAGACAUCUUCAGCCGCUGCCAGGCCCGCCACGCUCAGAGAAUGACCUGGGCCGCCCUGUCGGGCUGAGCAGGAGAGCUGCCCCCUGCACCCCUGUGCCUCAUGACAUGGGUUUGCUGCGGUGGGGAGAGGAGAAGGGGUCCCUGCCCAGCUCCCCACUCCUCUGAAGAUCCCACAAUGUGCCCCUCCCACAUCGAGCUCCCCUGGAAGGACCAGAGCAAGGUGGGCUGAAUGGGCCACUCCCCUUCCAUCCAGGCAGGCCCGUCACGCCCAGGCCCCUGUGCGGGGCGUGGCUCCCGGGCUCCAGCAGCCCACGCGGCUCCCACCGCGGCCUCCUCUUAGACUCAGCCCCCAGCGGCUCUGCCCUGCCCAGCCCGGGGCCCUCGUCCCACUCUGCUGUCGCCCGGUCCCUGCAGCCCAGAGCAGCCUCCGUCUCCCCCUGGCCUGCCAGGCCCCAGCUUAGAUGUCGCUUCCUCCAGGAAGUCCCCCAGUCGAUGGCGGGACCAUCACCGCUCUUGGAGGGAGUACUCGGGGCCCUGUCUCCCGGGCACUGGGAGCUGCGAGGGUCGGCCCAGGGCUGCUUGGGGCGGGUUCAGGGCCUGCCACCUGCUGCCGGGACCGGCCCCAUUGGUUGGAAUGGGCACGCCCGGGGCGCGCGGGCUACCCCCCUCUGUGGGCGGGGAGCCCAGUCCCCCAACGACCCCGCGGCCCCUGGGAAGGAGGGGUCUCGGCCCCCUACGCACACCCCUGCGACCCUGGACGGGCGGGCGGGGUCCCCCAGGCCGGCGCGGGAAGGCCGCGGGCGGGCGGCCGUUUGCUUUUGAAUCUGCGCCGGGCGCCCUGAGUGGCCGUUUCAAAGGCCGGCCGCGGGGGCGGGGGCCGUUCCCAGGCGCGCCCCGCCCCCCGCCGCCCCUCCUCCCACUUUCCCACGCGGCCCGGCCCGGCGGGUUCUCACGGCCGCCGCCCCUCCCCCGUCUGGGAAAGCCAGCGCGCCGCGCCCCGCGCC